GUAUGACUAUAAUAAUCAAGUUUAUACUUCAAACGACCCGAGUGGCUUAAUUUGAAAUUGCGUGGUGGGCCAUCUUUCCUCCUUCUGAGUUCUUUUUGAUCUUCAGGCCAUGGCUAUGCAGCAGCAACAUCUCGAUAAGAUGCAACUCCGCCAGAACUAUCGUAAUCUCUGGCACACUGAUCUAAUGCGUACCAUUCAGGCUGACACUCCCUAUUGCUGCUUUGCGUUGUGGUGUGGGCCUUGUGUAUCCUAUUUGCUUCGUAAAAGAGCUCUAUAUAAUGAUAUGUCAAGAUAUGUGUGCUGUGCAGGCUAUAUGCCUUGUAGUGGCAGGUGUGGAGAAAGUAAAUGCCCUGAAUUUUGUCUUUGCACAGAGGUUUUCCUCUGCUUUGGGAAUUCAGUGGCCUCAACUCGAUUUUUGUUGCAAGACGAGUUCAACAUACAGACAACACAAUGUGAUAAUUGCAUUAUCGGUUUUAUGUUCUGUCUACAACAAAUAGCAUGUAUAUUUUCCAUCGUUGCUAUGAUAGUAGGAAGUGAAGAAAUUCAAGAGGCUUCUCAGCUGCUUUCUUGCUUGGCUGAUAUGGUUUAUUGCACGGUUUGCGCAUGUAUGCAGACUCAACACAAGAUUGAGAUGGAUAAGAGAGAUGGCAUGUUCGGACCGCAAGUAAUGGCAGUGCCUCCUCCUCAACAUAUGUCACGGAUCGAUCAGCCAAUUCCUCCCUCGGUUGGAUAUGCACCACAACCUGCAUAUGGGCAGCCCUAUGGUUAUCCUCAGGCUCAAGGCUAUCCAGCUCCGGGCUAUCCUCAACCAGGUUAUCCCCCCACUGGAUAUAGGUAAUAUCUGCUCUGUUCCGCAGAUACCAGUCAUUCAUCGUGUUUUUGUCUAUGCCAUGUUCAUGUGAUUUUCAUCCGAGUUUGUUGCUCUCACUUGUAUGUGUUGAUUUGUAUAAUGAAUUAAUUACAGGGUAUAUUGUGUGAAGUUGGUUAAAGAAUGAUUUGGAUGUGCUAAAUUUCUCUAGUUGAAACUUUUUUUUUUAUCUGUUGGCGAAAA